UGUUCUUUAAAGUGAAGCGCGCCAUUGUGCAGAUAGGAAAUUUCGUCUUUUUAGAUCUCUGGCAUCGCGUCUCGGGACAGCCCGCCCGGCCCGGACCGAAUCGAUAACUGUUUCGUAUAGACCUCAGUCCUGAAACUGAAAGACGGUACAUUAAGAAAUGUUUGGAAGAAUCAGACCAUCUCCUGCGUCGCUGGAAACGUUGGAGGGAUCGCCAUCCAAGAUUCUCAAAGAUGAUUCAUUCUCCAUCUACGAGGCCACACUCAUGAAGCUAAAAUUGGGUGCUCAACGUGACACUAGUGCAUUCUGCAAAGAAGCGGAUGAGAUUAUGAUAGAUGAUUCUGCAAUUAGUUCAUCUGAGGGAACAAAUGUAAUGUCGAACUGCCUUUCAGCAAGUGGUUCAAGUUCUCAACACACACCAAAUUUAGCUGGUGAUGGCUCAAUGAUGAUAGACAGUGAUUGCUCUUCUAUAAGUGCGUCGCCUAGCAGGAAUCAACUUCCCACUGUGACCUUGGAACAGCCAAGGCAGAGUAAUAUUUCAAUAAUUCAUUUCUUUCCUAAAUUAAAGGAUUCCAGACGCACUGGUGGCAUUGAUUCACCCUGCGGCGAGUCAGUAUCUACCGAAAAUGAUCGCCCUCCCUCUGUAUCAUCAAGUUGUAGUGAGCGUAAUUACAGAAGUGAGACGGAAAGUAUUCAAUCUUCACCGGUCUCUGAAUUGAUGGAAUAAAUAUGGGUCCAUGUCUAUAUGGCAUGUACGCGAUAGAGUGGCUCAGUGGCUGAUUGCUUGCUUCCCAUCUUAGCUCACAACAAAAGUGAGAUCCAUGUACCAUUUCAAUCUAUGUAUUAUUUCAAAUACACUUGAAGAAAAUUGGCUUUGUCACAAAUUUUGAAAAUGAAUUUUACGAUUUCCUCC